AUGGCCUCUCCCAAGCCUCGAAAUUACACUUUGUUGGGAAGAAAUGGCAAAGUGGUUAUUUUGGCUGACACCGUUGAGCCACAACAGGACGAAGACCCCAGCGGGUCCAUUUCAGUCAGCCAAUGCUGCCCAUUAACAACAAAUGAUCUUCUUAUGGCGAUUCGUGAAAGGUAUCAACAGAGCAGGAAGUUGCUUCUCAAAGUCGCCGCAAAGCACAAUCUUCUUUCAUCAAUCACUCCUUGGGGUAAGAGUUACGUCAUCCUCAAGGGGCCUCCUUUGUUGCUAGACCAUGCUCUCAGCGAUAUACUUCAAUAUUUUCGAUUCAAUCUCUCUACACUGGACGCGCAGACCUGGAAGCCUCGGAUUCGGCGUAACCACUCGAAGUCUGCGAAAGAUUGGAAUGACUUCUGGCGUAUUCAAAGAAAUAAAUUGUCCACCGACCCAAGGAUCAAUGCAUAUCUGAGUAGAGCUGACAGGGCCUUCUUAAAAUGGAAUAACGAUCUCAAAACUGUUCUUGUACGUCCUCUCACAGAUUGCAUGGUCAAUGGCUGCACACUUGAUUACAUCGACAUCAUAAUAAAGACGCAAAACAUUCACGAAGAAGUCAUUACGUACUUCGAAAACCUACAAUCCGUCAUCUACAAAUUUUCGAAUGAGUACAUGGAGGAGGAAUUGAUAAAUUGGUUGGGAGCAGAUUGGGAGCAACCCCGUGUAAUGAGAGUGUCCAAAAAUGAUCCUCCAGUAUUGCCAGAGAAGCAAAGCUAG